UUUUCCUGGCAAAACAUGCUUUCGUCAUAAAAAGCAACAAUCUAAUUUCAUUCAUCAUCAUUCAUCGGGCUGCACAGGCUUUUUUUCUGAGGAUUAGGCCAAUAUUGUGGAAAUGGCAUGCAUUGAGAACCUUAAUGAUGACUGCCUGCUUAAAAUUGUAGAGUAUCUCAAUCUGGAGGAGCAGUUGGAGCUGUGGAAGAGUUGCGAGUCCGCAUCCCGACUGAGAUCGGUGAUUUCGUACACCUGGCAACGCCAGGAGGAGCACACCGUGGACCAGGAAACAUUCAAGGACAACUAUGAGGUCCUGGACGAAUUCCUGCAGUGCAUUCGCUUCACUGUGGCGGAACUCACACUCCGGUACCUGACCAUGGAUCAACUUAAGCAGUGGAAGGGCCACACAUUUCCCAAUUUGCGGCAACUGACCUACUUGGGCGAUGAAAACAGUGACAUAGAUGGAGACGUCGAUAUCGCCAUUCUAGUGGCCUGCUUUCCGGAGCUGGAAGCCAUCGGGCUGAGUGGGAAUACCAGUGGUAACCACAUCAGCCGUUGGAGAAACAUUCGCCGACUGGACCUUCAGCUGUGCUGGUACCUAAGCACACAGUGCUUCGAGGAAAUCUGCCAGAACCUUCGACUUCAGGCACUCGGUAUCCAGUGGCACAGUGCUGAGGAGGAUGCCUACGUUCGGGCCAUCAGUAGGCUGCAGGAACUGGAGGAGCUGGAGUUGGAUAUAGUUCACCUUGGCAGCGAUAACAUCAGUCAGCUGUUGAGCCUGCCCAAACUGAAGAAGCUUCGCCUGCACAACUUCGAACAGUUGGACGAUCUGCUGUCGGACAUUGGACGCAUAAGGGGUCAGGACGUGUUGGCUGCCGCAUUCAGCGACAAUAUUUGGAUGAAGCGAACGGAGGUGUUGGCCAAACUCCGAAAUCUUCGAAGCUUAACGCUUGUCGAUGAUGAAGGAUGUUGCGCCAUUGACUUCCGCACGAUCAUCAACUGCUUUCCUCUCUUGGAGCAACUGCAUCUGGAGAACUCGCGCAUAUGGUUAAAUGCCGAUGGUAUAUGGGACGCGGUGCUUGCCUGUCCCCGCCUCAGGGUAUUCAGCAUGUCGAACCAGGUUCUGUAUGACGAUUUCUUCGCCUUCAGCAAGUCAACCAUGAACCGUGCCCUCAAUCAGCGAAUGGAGGCUUUGACCAUGCAUUUUUAUAAAACCGACAAGGAAGACUUGAUUUCCCAGCACUUUAGACAUCCUAAACUAAAUGUUUCAUUUAGUGCGACAAGUAGCAGCUAUUCACAAUUACCUGGCGAAUGUAUAGAACUGGAAUUUAUGCGCCUGGAGUCGUGAUUCACACAAAGUGCUUAGUUAAAUUGUAAAUUAAAGGGUCAACAUUGUGUAAAUUAAAGGGUCAACAUUGUGUUAUUUAAUUGAUAAGUCUUUCAUUGAUAAGCUAGCAAACAAAAUUAUUGAAAUUAC